GCGGCGCUGGGACACGCACUCCGCACAGACCUCCAUGCUCCACAGCAGUUUCUCUCUCCUCGAUCGGCCGCAGCGUGUAUCCCCGCAAGACUAUGAUGCGAUGACGAGCGUGUCUAGGCCCCACUUGGCUUGGGACGGAGGAGGGAGACAAGCGCUGUGAGUCUCAAGAGAAUGAUGGGCGGAUGGGUGAUGGGGAAGUGAUGAGGGAGAGAGAGGGAUGAGCGACGAGCGAGGUCUGUUCUCAGCGCCCCAUACUCGCGAGCUCGAAGAGAAAGAGAAAGAGAGAAAGAGAGUGAGAGGAGACGGAAACCCUGUCAACCCCGGCAUGCCAUGUUGCAUAUGGCCACCCACCCACCUUCCUUCCUGGCAACUCUCAUCCACUCUCAUCAUCUACUCUCGUCACUUCUCACUUCUCACUGUCACUCUCCCUCUCCCCACGCCUCCCAUGAUGGCCAUGCCUCAGCACGAGGUCGUCUACAACUACGUCGAAGACGUAGACCCAAACCUCGUCUGCUCAAUCUGCCAAUCGGCUCUUGUUAAUCCAGUCACCACAGCCUCCUGCAAACACACAUUCUGCCGCGACUGCAUCACCCGUGCCCUCGCACACUCUCCAUCAUGUCCCAUCGAUCGCAGCGCCCUCACGCUUUCGUCUCUCGCCGACACCGAGCCCCUGGUACAGCUGAUGCUUGACGAACUCAAGGUGCGGUGUGAGGCACCAGGCUGCUCAAAGGUCAUGGAGCGUGGACUCCUCCUCGCCCACCUGCGCACCUGCAGCCAAGCAGUCGUAACCUGUGGAGAUACAGAGUGCGGGUUGUCAAUGGCCCGGCACCGACUGCCUCACCACCGUGCCUAUGAAUGCUUUCACCGACGCAUGGAUUGCGAUGGCUGUGGCGUCACUGUAACAUUCCGCGAGGCCAAGGACAAGGACGCACAUGGAUGCGCCUCGCAAACAGCCACGUCUGACAAGGGCGACUGCUGCCCAGCCUGCGGAGUGGAAUUGACCACCAGAGCUCACGUCCACCGCUGGGUGUGCACAAAAGCGUUGAUACCCUGCACGCAGAGCGGAAGAGGCUGCCCCUCCAUCAUGCCCCGUGACGAACUCGAGGGUCAUCUCAAGACAUGUCCCUUCGAAGCGCUCUCAUCGUUCUUUACUGCCAACGACGAACGCUUUGCCACCCUGGAACGGCGACAAGAGGAGCUGCGAGCAGAGAACGAAGGCCUCCGCGCACAACUCUGGACGCUCCGCCGGUUCCAAAUCGUUCCUCGGAGUCUUCGGGAUGGCCAGGUCGAUGGCCUCCCCCUGUCCCCAACGGCGCAGGAACCAUCACCAACAACGCCACCAUCUGCCACCCUAGAUGAGACGCCUAAUUCCUCGCCAUCAACCAGCGCCACACGCUUAGAUCCUCCGCCACCAUUCUCCGCCCCUCUCCCGGCUCAACCCACAUCAGCUGCGCCGACGUCAGACACGCUCUCUGAGCAGAUGCUCCACAUUCCACAAUCAUUCCUCUCCCCGCCACCAAGACUGAGCUACACCGACUGGGUACUCGGUCGCCUUCCUCCUCCCUCCGCAUAUGGCGACGGCUGUGCCGCGCUCCGCGCAGCGCUCAUUCAUCUUGCCGCGGGCCUAGACGCCUCGGAGCGGCGCAACGAGGUACGCAUCAUGACAGAGACAUUGCGUGUGCACGAAGAGGUGGCGACGCUACGCGCUAUCGUCAGCCCCAUGCGCAUGCAAGUGCUCUCAGACCGCCCCAAUUCGCCCGCCAUAUCUCGCUUUCCUUCUCUCAGCGCGCACGUUGCCCCUCAUCAUCUUCCACCCUCCGAACUCCCCACUCCGCCGCUGAGCACAUCACACUCUGGGCCCGCUAGUGAGGCACCAAGCGACACAGACGAAGACCACGACAGAAGCAACCGCGCAAGCAUUCGGGAGAGUGUCGUCUUCUCGGCACAAGACGUGUAUCCGCGGAGCAGCAACUCCUCGUUUGUAUCCACCGCCAGUGCGACACCGCCACAGACUCGCUGGACAGGGCGGCCGCUCGCGUUCCCACCACCUGGUCCGGCAAGCGGCGACUCGCAGCCACGCUCGCCGACGCGCCGGCUGCGCAUCGGCUCGGUGGAAAGCCAGGGCGGCUUCAUUGGCUCAAGUCUCGGCUCGACUUUGGCUGGCUCAAGCUUGGGAGCAACUAUUCUGCGCCGGCGCGAGUCAUCGCGUCACUGAUUGGCAACAUCUCAGCAUCGCACAGAACAGCACGGUGGUGUGUAGUACAUUAUAUGGAUACAUCAGGCGAGGCCAGGCUACAUGACUGGCUCUACUACUUGGUCUUUGGCUUGAAGAAGCUCGUCAUUUUGGCCAUGCCGUUGGUAUUAACCUUUUUGAGUGCCUCG